UCAUGCGCCGGUACCGGCGCAUGACGCACGUUCGAUGAUCAAGCCUACAGCCUCGCUUGCUAGCUAGCUGCAUGUUUGCAGGUGUUUGUUUGGGAUGGCGUCGCAACUCGCAGGCAACUAAAUCGAGAUAGGAAUAAAUGGAAUGACACCAUUUUUUCUACCCAGGCCUAUGUUGGUUGACUCAGUGAAUCAUGGACAGCAAAGAUACUUCUCCACCGGCACCUAGUGUAGCCAGUGGGAUUCUGGUGGACCAAUACUUCAGACAGCUAGCCAGCAACCUCGGCCAUGAGUGGUUGAAACUCUCUACUUAUCUGGGCUUCAAGAGUGCCACUAUCGACAGGCUGCAAGAGGACUAUCACCGAGCAGAGGAAUGCAUCUUUAAGAUGUUGGUCUCCUGGCGACAGAACUCGGACUGGAGGCAGGAUAAUUGCUUAAAGCUGCAAGCGGCGUUGGUUAAAUGUGGUCGUCAGGAUCUGGCUGAUGAACUUCAAGAUAUCUACCUGAGUGGUAGCUUUUUGCAGUCAGUUACCCUGACUGACUUGUCGGAAUCAAAUCCAGAAAAUGAUUGCCAACCUACACAAGAGCAUCCCGACCAAGGCCAGGAACCAGACCAACAUCACAGAUGCCUCAAACGCUUGAACAGUGUGGAACACAUAAAAUCCCUACGCGCAGUGUUCCACCGACGCUUCGCGCACUUACGCGGCAUGGAACGACUCGGCAGCACUUGCCGGUUGGUGGACUUUGUCGCAGGAUAUUUUGAUUUCUACGGCGGGACGCUCGGUCUCCCUGAGUAUGACGUUCUCUUGUACGUCCCCCAAGGUGCUAUACCGUCAGGUAAAGUACAAGAGGUGUACCUCUAUGUGAAUCCAAUGGUCCAAUCAGUGUCUGGUCUUCGUUCCAGAGCCAUACUCUCCCCCCUCGUUGAGUGUGGUCCCUCCGGCUUGACAUUCCUAAAAAGCGUCGUGCUCCACCUUCCACAUUUUGCAACAAAUGGCGGUGCUGGUUGGGACAUCACGGCAGGCGUGUCUUACUCUGAGUCGGAGGAAACUCACUCGGGAGACUGGAAUAACCUGAGCCCGGAUGAGAACAAUAACCUGAUCAUCAAUCAACAACAGAUCAUCCUAGCGCUAGAUCACUUCUCAAGAUACGCCAUAUUUGGAACACCGUCCAGUGAGGGGUGCAGCAAGACAAUGAAGAUGUACGUUUGUUCUCCCAUCAAAGGUCCUACUGAAGACGUUUUUCGGAUCUGUGUUCUGAUCUGGAAUGACACCAACAUAUCAAAACAGUGUGUCAUCAGAAGCCAAGAAGCACUUCCAUUCGCUGCUUUGGAUGAAGCGCGCUGCCUGGAAGUCACGUGGCGCGGUGGUGAUUUGAUGUUACAGCUCACGAACAUCAGCCCUGGGUUCAAGGUUGAAACAAGCACAAGGUGCAUCACAAAGGAAAUUCUGUGGGAAAACCAGAUGCAUAGUGUGACCUUUGACCUCUCCUUCGACCCAGCCAAUCACAGCAGGGCUAAAAAAAUGGAAGGGAACAGAGAGUGCUUGUGUGAUGUUGAUGUUUAUCAGAGCGACUGUGAUUCGUCGAGAAGGUCGGUUCAUAUGUCGGUACAUCAUGGACGGGUUGAUGAGUCCAGUGUUGGUGCUGAGGACAGACAAGACAAGCAGAAACACCAAUCAAAGAAAAAGACAGGUGAUGGAAGUCAAACAGGAAGGAUGGACUUUGCUGGCAGCUUGACCAAAGAAGAGAGUGGUUCUCAGAUGGACAGUGACUCGCCCUGGAAAUUCAAAGCAUCGUUAGAUUUGGGAACGAGGACCAGCGUAGAUGCAAGUCAUCUCCUACGCGGCAUUGCGGCUUACAAGACGGGUGAAGUAGUCAUUGCUGACUUUGCCAACGACCGAGUGGUGGUUUGCGACACGAAGAGCAUUGUCCAAGAUGUCAUUCCCCUGGAGAGAGUGUGGGAUGUCGCUGUUCUGCCUCAUGACUACUUGGUCGCGGUCGAUGAGACAAGUGAAGUCAAAGUCUUCACGGAGAAGCGAGAUGUAGCCUUCACGUUCCCGACCAACCCGGACAAGAAACAAGUCGGUCUGGUCAGCGUUGCUAUCGGUCCUGACAGCAAGAUUUUCAUCGGCGACGCUGCGACGAACGUCGUCACGGAGCAUCUACCAACCGACGGUGCCUUGGUGGGUACUAGACAACUCCACGCAUGCCCACACUUCAUGGCGGUCAAUUCUAAAGGUCAGCUAUUGGUCAGCAGCUGGAACAGCUGCAGAGUGGACAUCAUGGGUGACGGUGACGCAGUAAUGCAGACGAUCCAUCCCUGUAUCCACGACAAACCAGCAUGGUGUCUGGGGGUCUGCUGCAAUGCUAAAGAUGACAUCUUUGUCGUGGUGACGUCCAGCGAUGACACGCUGGGCCACGUUCACCAGUACAGUUCCCGGGGUGAUUUUGAGCAGUGUGUUAUGCAGGGUCUGCAUAAGCCACGAGGCGUUGUGUGCAUUGACGACACACAGCUAGCUAUUACUAACGAUGACGCAGUAUUGGUACUUGAAAAGGUGGAUUCAUGAGGUGGUUUACCAAAUCUAGGUUUCAGCUUUGGUUUCGGAUCACACUUCAUUAUUUCCGGCCUCUUAUUGCACAAACUUUAAUUAAUGAUCUGUUUUCUUGCAUAGAAAUUUCUACUCCUGCCAUAUAAGGUAAAUUUUUACAAUUUUUGUUUGUGAAUAUAACAUGUUGGUUCUACAUUAAUAUGAAACCACACAAAGAGAUGGUGGCUACAGGAGAGUUGGGGGUCUGACCUAGACUGGUUCCUGGUCCAUCCACUGAGUAUUUCGAAUGAAUCAAAGUUACUGGGGCGGGGAUUUGUCUGGGAAACCAUUGCAAGUUAAAUUCAAACGUAUUUGCGUGCCGAUGACGGCCGACGCUCACGCGCGAAGACGUUAUGGCUUAGCUUUGUGCACAUUCAGGACAAACAAGUCGUGCGCAAACCAGUACAGUACGUACACGCGGUGUCCCGUCUAAGGGGUUCUCAAAAGAGGUAAAAAGCGCCCUCUUUUGUUGGCGCACGGAGCCCAUAUUUGGUCAACAGUAAACACCAUGCUGUGUCAAAAAUAAUACAGGCAUGGACGGGAUUAUGUCAUCCGAUGAAAACAUCUAUUUAUUUGCACAUCCGUUGUCAUCGGUUGCUGUGUGUUACCAUGCAGCAUUCAAGACUCAAGAACCAUUGAGCAAACCCAUAAAUUCUGACGUACAUGUCAAGACACUUUAAUGAGCUGCUGUUGGAAAAGUGAAUGUGAUACAUCACUAAUAAUGUGACAUCUAAUGAGUAGAAAACAACUACAGACCAAACCAAGGUACCGCCACCUUCACGACCUUGUACAAUAUGUGGUUGGACGGAUGUCGAGAAUUGGCUUUUACGGAAUUGCCCCAUUGAGUCUCAGCAACAUAGGUCUGGGAGCUAGAUGAGCCAAUGUAAAAAAUUCCCAGACCUAAAGCAGGGUAUUUCAGCCGUGUUUUAUGGAAUAAUAUCUCUGAUAAGCUGAGUGCUUGGAGUCUUAUUCUUCAAGAUAUGUUCAAGGUGUGUUGAAAGGAAUCGUGUCUUAAAAUAAGCCGAAGAUUUUUCAUGAUGUGUUUUCGUAUUUAUGUGUAAUUAUUUAUGAAGAUGUAUUAUUUUAAUGAAUUAAACUACAUGUACAUACCCUUGAAUAUUUUUUCUAGACUGGCCUGUCAAGCUAUAAAGUUGCUUGAAUCAUGAGCAUUAUAUUGUGUUGAAUGCAUUUCCAAAUUGUAAAUAUUAGAAACAAAUAUAUUCAUAUAUUCAUUAGAAACAAAUAUUUCAUAUAUUCAUAACAAAGAGCUCUUAAAAGUAAGCUUUGUCCUUGUGAGUUUCAUUUAUACUUACUGUAUUAUGCAAAGUGACAAUCAAAUAUGUACACCUUGUACAUGUAGUUUUAUUUUAACGAUUUAUUUCGGUGAGUUUUAUUAAAGUGUGCUAUCUAUGUCACUUAAA